AUGGAUUUACGUAAAUGGCUUUGGAGUGUGUGCGCUGUGGUUGGCCUGGGGCUCCUUGUCAGUGAGGGUACGCGCGGUGAGGCGGCCUGGGAGGUCCCGCGCUUCGACGGCUGGUACAACAGUUUGGGAUGCCCCCGGCGGGGAUCUGUGGGUGAGUUAGCGGGGACCUCGCUCCCUUCAGAGCCGGCCACCGCGCACCUGCUCACCCCCGCUGUUCACGCCCGCGCAGGCUCUCACCUGGUGCGCCUCGUGCCCGCGCACUACCGGGACGGAGUCUACCAGCCCGUGCACGAGCCGCAGCGGCCCAACCCCCGCGCGCUCAGCCGGCUGCUGGCCGGAGGGCCGUCCGGUCUGCGGUCCGCGCGCAACCGGACCGUGUUAUCUCUCUUCUUUGGUUAUCAUGUCGCUUUUGACAUUUUUGACUCAAGAGCUCCUGGUUGUCCUCCUGAGUUCAUGAGCAUCCAAGUCCCAAAAGGUGACCCUGUCUUUGACCCCAUGGCCACUGGAAAAGUCUUGCUGCCCUUCCAAAGAGGAACGUGGGAUAAAGAGUCCGGGCAGAGUCCCAGCAACCCUCGCACACAGGUCAAUUCGGUGACAGCGUGGAUAGAUGGAAGCUCGAUUUACGGCCCCUCAACUUCUUGGUCUGACUCUUUGAGGAACUUCUCUGAAGGGCUCUUGAAGUCAGGUCCAGAGUGGAACAUGCCGAAUCAGGGAGGAGGCCGCGGCUUUAUGUGGAGCGCUGCAGAUCCGUCUACAGGAGAACGUGGACCGGAAGGCCUUUAUGAGUUGGGAAAUGCCUGGGCCAAUGAGAACAUGUUCACGGCAGCAGAGGGGAUUAUCUGGUUUCGCUACCACAAUUAUAUCGCCUCCACGCUGCAUGAGGAACACCCAGAGUGGUCAGAUGAGAGGCUCUUUCAAAAUGCCAGAAAGACCGUUGUGGCCACAUUCCAGAAUAUUGCGCUCUACGAAUGGCUGCCCGGAUACCUCAGAGACACAAAGCUUCCUCCUUAUCCAGGCUACCAGAAGUUUGUUGAUCCAGGGAUCUCACCGGAGUUCCAGGCUGCUGCUAUUCGGUUUGGUGUCACUAUGGCUCCCCCUGGUGUUUACAUGAGAAACAGAACAUGCCAUUUUCGAAAGGUUAUCAACAAAGAUGGGAGCAUUUCUCCAGCAAUGCGGCUCUGUAACAGCUUCUGGAAGCGGCAGAAAGUCAAUGUGAAGACCGGUCAGGAUGUAGAUGACCUCCUCAUGGGCAUGGCUUCACAGAUUGCAGAGAGAGAGGACAAUAUUGUUGUGGAGGAUUUGAGGGACUACAUGUACGGGCAGCUGAGAUUCACCCGCACAGAUCUGGUUGCUACAACAAUCCAGAGGGGUCGAGACUUUGGUCUACGGAGCUACACAGAGAUGAGAAAAGCUCUGGAUCUGCCUCCCGUAAAGACAUUUGAAGAAAUUAAUCCUGAGCUCAGCAGCGCCAACCCACAGCUGCUACACGAUAUUGCAGAGCUGUACAACAGAGACAUCUCUAAACUGGAGCUCUUCCCUGGAGGACUGCUGGAGUCCCAUGAUGGUCCAGGUCCUGUUUUCGCUGCCAUUAUCUUGGACCAGUUUGAACGCAUCAGAAAUGGAGACCGCUUCUGGUUUGAAAACAAACAAAAUGGUCUGUUUACAGAUGAAGAGAUUCAGACAAUCCGCAAUGUCACUUAUCAAGAUGUUCUUAUUGCUGUCACAAGUGCAGAAGUCACUGAUAUUCAAAAUAAUGUGUUCUUCUGGAGGGAUGGUGACCCCUGUCCUCAGCCCGCACAGCUAAAUGCAUCAAUGCUGCAUCCCUGCACUAAUGCCACAAAACUUGAUUACUUUGAUGGGAGCAAAGCUGGCUUUGGGAUAUUUAUUGUCAUUUUGUUCCUCUUCCCUGUUGUGAGCUUACUAGUUGCCUUCAUGGUGGCUUAUCUUCGGAAGUACAGGUACAGGAAAUUCCAGAGAAGACGAGGAAAAGCUGGUGAUAGAACGGAGGAGCCAGCUGUGGGAAUCACUGCAUAUGAGUGGCAUGGCCAUGAAAAACAGCUGCACCCAGUCAGCGUUGAGGUGGAGAAGAGGAGGGUGCAGGUCUCUGACCGGUCUGGGUCCACUCUCCGCAGCCUCUGUCUGGGCAACCAGGACCACCUGGAUGUCCUUCUCUCCAACGGCCGACACCAUAAAGCUCUGCUUCUCAAAGUGCCAAAAGAAUACGACCUGGUGCUGUUUUUUGAUGAAGACAGCAAGCGCACAGACUUUGUGGGGCUUCUGCGCCUGGAGGUGACAGACAUAAGGCAGGAGAUUAGAGUGACUGAGAUGGGAGAGAAGGAGCUGCUGAGGGAGGCUCUAACCAAAGAGCAGAGGGCUCAGAUUGUGGAGACUUUCAUCCGGCAUGCUUUCUCUAAGGUCUUGGAAAUCGAGAAGUGUGACGCUGGCGAUAUGAGCCGUGUGUCCCGCAAGAGAGCCCGAGAGGUUCUACAGUGUGAGCUGACAGCGUCAGAGUUUGCUGACGCACUCGGCCUGAAGCCUGACUCCUUAUUUGUGAACUCCAUGUUCACACUGGCCGACAAAGAUGGCAACGGUUACCUCUCUUUUCAGGAGUUUCUUGAUGUUAUCGUUAUCUUUAUGAAAGGGUCUCCAGAGGAAAAAUCCCAACUGAUGUUCUCCAUGAAUGACAUUAGUGGGACCGGCUAUUUAUCCAAAGAAGAAUUUGCCAGGAUGCUCAGGUCUUUCAUUGAAAUCUCCAACGGUGCUCUGUCAAAGAAACAGGCAGAGGACGGCAUCAAGGCCAUGAUGCAGGCCGCUGGCUUUGAUAACAAGGAGAAAAUCUCAUGGGUGGACUUUCACUUCCUCUUGAGAGAUCACGAGAAGGAGCUGCAGUUUGCUCAGCUCAAUGUGAAAGGGAUGGAGAAACAGGGGAAGAAACGGCUGAGUCGAGACCAAAGAGUGUCCUUUAUCUGUCCAGCAAACAGCAACAAAACAGACGGGCUGGAGUUACGCAGACGAAAAAAGUUAAGUGUCAGAACCCCGAAUGUGUACGUGAAGCCCAAGCGUGAGCAGUACAUCAGGAACCCCCUGCAGCAGAAAAUCCAGCACCUCAAGCGUUUCAUCGAGAAUUAUCGCCGUCACAUCGUGUGUCUGGUCAUCGUGUACGGGGUCACAGCCGGUGUGACGGCGGAGCGCUGCUACUACUAUGGCAUGCAGGCGGAAUCUACCGGAAUGCCCGAGACGUCCAUGGUGGGCAUCAUCGUCGCGCGCGGCACAGCGGCCGGCAUAUCCUUUCUGUUCCCUUACAUGCUCCUCACCGUGUGCCGCAACCUCAUCACGCUGUGCCGGGAGACCUUCCUCAACCGCUACAUCCCCUUCGACGCUGCCAUUGACUUCCACCGACUCAUGGCCAUGACGGCCAUCGUCCUCUCAGUUGCUCAUAGUUUGGGACAUGUGGUCAACAUCUACAUUUUUUCCAUCAGUGACCUCAGCAUCCUGUCUUGUCUGUUUCCCAAAAUCUUGACCAACAAUGGGUCUGAGCUUCCUCCCAAGUGGUACUGGUGGUUCCUUCAGACCGUCCCAGGGAUCACUGGUGUGUUGCUACUCUUUACAUUUGCGUUUAUGUAUGUGUUUGCGUCUCGCUAUUUCCGUCGCAUCAGCUUUCGUGGAUUUUGGAUCACUCAUUACCUCUACGUUGUUGUGUACAUUCUGACUGUUCUUCAUGGCAGCUAUGCUCUUCUCCAAGAGCCUCGGUUUCACAUCUACCUGAUUCCUCCUGCUUUGCUCUUCUUGCUGGACAAACUGAUCAGCCUGAGCAGGAAGAUGGUGGAGAUUCCCGUUGUCAGAGCUGAGCUGCUGCCCUCAGGUGUGACACAUCUGGAAUUCAAGCGGCCCCAGGGUUUUGUGUACCGUUCAGGCCAGUGGGUUCGGAUAGCGUGCCUGAUGCUGGGAACAGAUGAGUACCACCCAUUCACGCUGACAUCAGCACCUCACGAAGAGACCUUAAGCCUGCACAUUCGAGCUGUGGGCCCCUGGACCAGCCAGCUGAGAGAGCUCUACACUGAGGAAAGCCUUCUGGAGCUCGGGGCCUAUCCAAAGCUGUACUUGGAUGGCCCCUUUGGGGAGGGUCAUCAGGAGUGGAUUGACUUCGAGGUGUCUGUUCUGGUGGGUGGAGGAAUAGGAGUGACACCCUUCACUUCCAUCCUCAAAGACCUGGUGUUCAAGUCUUCCAUCAAAUCCAAGAUUCUCUGUAAAAAAGUGUAUUUCAUUUGGGUGACACGGACGCAGCGUCAGUUUGAGUGGGUGUCAGAUAUCAUCAGGGAAGUGGAGGAAAUAGACACCCAGGAGAUGGUCUCAGUCCACACUUACAUAACUCAGGUGGCUGAAAAAUUCGACUUGCGCACCACCAUGUUGUACGUGUGUGAGCGCCACUUUCAGAAGGUGUGGAACCGCAGUCUCUUCACCGGCCUGCGCUCCGUCACUCACUUUGGACGUCCGCCCUUUGUGUCGUUUUUCAGCUCACUGCAGGAAGUUCACCCUGAGGUGGGGAAAAUUGGUGUGUUCAGCUGUGGACCGCCUGGACUCACCAAGAAUGUUGAGAAAGCUUGUCAGCAGAUGAACAAGAGGGAUCAGGCCCGUUUCAUCCAUCACUAUGAAAACUUUUAAUCAGCUCUUAUCCUUUGGCUGCAUAGUUAUGGUAACAAAAAUGCAUUCAUUAAUGCUUAAUGUUAAUCAGCACACAAUCACAGAGCCAUUUGAAAAGGUUUUGAUUAAACAAAGUAGAUGUUAGUGAAGGUUAUUUGUUUCCACACGAUAAACUCAUCUUUAUUAUUGCUACACUGAUUGCAAUCAAGGAUGGGAAUAGAUAUGUCAUUAAAAAAAACUUUAUUUGGCUUGGCAUUGGGCUACCUUCCUUUAAAAAUGUUUAGAAAAUGUGUUAAGGUCACAUUGAACAAUUAAUUUAAUAUUUUGCUUGUGCAUAUGCAUGAAAUAUCUGUAAUAGGUCAUUGCUUUGUCACAUUAAAUCCCAGUGU